AUGGAGGCUUUCGUCCCAGUGCUGCUCCUCACUAUCACAGCUUACAUGUACGAGUUCACGUAUCGCGGACACCCGCACCAAACGGGCUGUAGAGAGCGUCUUGAUUGGAUAUAUGGUCACAGCUUUCUCAUUGAGACCGUCAAGCGGUACUUUAGCGAAAAGAUAAUUCGCAUGGCACCCCUGGAUCCCAAGAAGCAAUAUGUACUGGGCUUUCAUCCACACGGCAUCACACCGACCUCAGUUAUGUGGCUCCAGUUCAGCGCAGAAUGGCGAAGGUUGUUCCCGAACUUCUACGCGCACAUUUUAACUGCCGGCAUUAUGCAUGCACUGCCACUUGCUCGGGACAUCCUUCAGUUCUUGGGGUCACGAGAAGUUACCCGACAAGCCUUCACAUAUACUCUUCAGCACAACGAGAGUGUGUUGCUGGUGCCGGGUGGCCAAGCCGAGAUGUUAGAGCAGCGAUCUGGUCAGAAGGAGGUUCGGGUGUACACACAUCACAAAGGUUUCAUCCGCCUCGCAAUCGAGCAUGGAGUACCGUUGGUCCCCGUCCUCAGCUUCAACGAGGGCGAGAUGCUGGACAACAUCCAGGCUCCCAUGCUCCAGCGCUGGUUCGUUAUAAAGCUCGCGUUCCCAUUCCCAUUUUUCCCCUACGGUCGUGCAUUGCUGCCGAUCCCGCGCAAAGUACAAAUUCCUAUCGUGGUGGGAGCACCUCUGGAGGUGCCACACAUGAAGAAACCCAGCCAUGAAGAUAUCGAUAAAUACAAGGAUGAAGCUGGAUGCGGCGACUACAAGCUCAUUUACGUCUGA